AUGACUUCCGCCAAUUUUGCUGCCGCUCAAAGGAGGGUACUAGAGCGUCGCCAGCGUCUAGAGUCGGAAGCCCAGGCCCGCCUUGCGGAACAGCAACGUGCAUCGCGUAUCAAUUCCGCGGCACUCGACAGAUUACCAGGUCCUUUGAAUAGAUUGACGCAAUCCGGGUUCUUGGUAUGGGAUAAGGUGAAGGGGCGGGAUGGGACAAAGCCUAUUUUUCGGGUUGGUCAGGUCGAUUCCGAAUUAUUAGACGAAGAAUUACUUGGCUUGCUUAAAGGUCAAGUUGGGGAAGCUUUAAAAUAUUUCGGGGCCCAUGCCCGCGAUGAAUGGUCAAGCGAGAUUCAACUAGCUCUACGGGCUAUACUCUUCAAACUUUCCAUCUGGGACCACAACGCUUCAUACGGCACAGCACUGCAAGGUCUGCAAUACGUCGACAGUCGAUCCAAAUCCGUCGUCUCUACACCACCUACAACAUGGCAGAAGUCAUUAUAUGGACUGUUCACCGUGGGAGGGCGUUAUGCAUGGGAAAAGUGGGAAAGUUGGUUGAUUGAACGUGAAAAUGGCUACGAUGAGCCAUCGGCCGAUAUCCGACUUUUAUCUAGAAUAACGAACCUCGUAUCAACAACUCAUUCCAUCGCAGCCUUUGUUUCUUUCCUAGUCUUCCUCGUGAAUGGCCGAUACCGCACCCUCAUCGAUCGAAUACUCCGCAUCCGACUUGCGCCUCCAUCGAACCAGGUCAGUCGGGAAGUAUCCUUUGAAUAUCUCAACCGUCAAUUAGUUUGGCACGCAUUUACAGAGUUUUUAUUAUUCCUUCUUCCGCUUGUUGGAAUCGGUCGCUGGCGACGCUUUAUCUCCCGAGCGUGGAAGAAAACCAUGGAUACACUCAAAACUUCAGAUGAUAGCAAUGGUACCACUACAGAGAAGCAAGGACAAUUCGCCUUUCUUCCAGAAAGGACAUGCGCAAUUUGUUAUCAAGACCAGAAUCCGACAUCCACCUCAGAGGCCGAUAUCCUUGGCUCAGCAUCUGGUGGUAUUAUUGGUUCUGCGCAAACCGAUAUUACAAAUCCUUAUGAAACGAUCCCUUGUGGAUGUAUAUAUUGUUUUGUCUGUAUUACAGAGAAACUAGAGGCAGAAGAGGGCGAAGGCUGGUACUGUCUACGCUGUGGCGAGAUAGUGAAGCAUUGUAAACCGUGGAAUGGCGACGUUCUCGAAGAGGCACCCCGGUCAAGUUCGAGCGGCAAGGUGGUUGGGUUCGCAGUUGCUGAAGACAAGGAGGAGUCGACCAUACACGAGCAUGAAGAUGAGCCAACAACCGAUGCAGAUGAACGAAAUGGUGCUCCACUGAGCGACAUUGUUGCUAACGAUACACUUGAAAGCUCAAAGACGUGGUCUACGAUAGACAGCGAAACGUAA